UCGAUCAGGUGGAUCAGAAAAGUAUCUACUGCGUGUAUGAGGUUUUUCGAUAGAAGAAGUGAAGUAAAAGCAGUUCACGAGCUGUCACCGGCUCUGCAACUCAUCUUUGUUUCAAUUAGAAGCACUACUGAAAAGAAGAAAAAAAGAAGAAAAGAAAUGGUGAACAUGCGAAUUUGGUCGAGGUAAGUAAGCUUCACGGACUUGAACUUCUCAUCCGUCUCUUUCUUCAACCAACAGUUUCUCGAUCGAUUAACGGAUGAUCGUUCUCGUGCCACGUAUCUGUGCGCUGGUUUGAUCGUGAUUAGGGUUUGUGUUUCGGUUUCUUUUAGUCCGAUAAUGUGAGCUGGACUUGGUUGGAGAAGAAGGUAGAGUUUCCAUGGAUCGAUCUCAAGUCACCGUUGGUCCUGGCAUGGAUAUGCCGAUAAUGCACGACAGCGAUCGGUAUGAGCUCGUCAAAGAUAUCGGUGCGGGGAAUUUCGGCGUGGCUAGGUUGAUGAGAGAUAAGCAGACUAAAGAGCUUGUGGCUGUCAAGUAUAUUGAGCGGGGUGAGAAGAUUGAUGAAAACGUACAAAGAGAAAUUAUCAAUCAUAGAUCACUGAGGCACCCCAAUAUUGUCAGAUUCAAAGAGGUCAUAUUAACACCCACCCAUUUGGCUAUUGUGAUGGAAUAUGCGUCUGGUGGAGAGCUGUUUGAGCGCAUAUGCAAUGCGGGCCGGUUCAGUGAGGAUGAGGCCCGUUUCUUCUUCCAGCAGCUUAUAUCAGGAGUCAGCUAUUGUCACUCAAUGCAAGUAUGCCACCGAGACUUGAAGUUGGAAAACACACUGUUGGAUGGAAGUCCUGCUCCUCGUUUAAAGAUAUGUGAUUUUGGCUACUCUAAGUCAUCAGUGCUUCAUUCGCAACCAAAGUCUACUGUCGGUACCCCUGCAUACAUUGCUCCAGAAGUUUUACUGAAGAAAGAGUAUGAUGGCAAGAUUGCAGAUGUGUGGUCAUGUGGGGUAACACUUUAUGUGAUGCUGGUGGGUGCUUACCCUUUUGAAGACCCUGAGGAGCCGAAGAACUUCCGGAAGACUAUACAGCGAAUAUUGAGUGUCCAGUAUUCAAUUCCUGACUAUGUUCACAUAUCUGCUGAGUGUCGCCACCUGAUCUCAAGGAUCUUUGUUGCCGACCCAGGAACGAGAAUAACCAUUCCUGAGAUCCGGAACCACGAAUGGUUUCUAAAGAACCUUCCUGCAGACCUUACGGAUGAGAACCCAAUGAACAAUCAGUUUGAAGAACCUGAUCAACCUAUGCAGAGAAUCGAUGAGAUCAUGCAGAUCAUAGCCGAGGCUACCAUACCUGCUGCGGGAAAUCGUGGACUCAAUCAGUUUCUAACUGAGAGCCUGGAUAUUGAUGAUGACGACAUGGACUUGGAGUCUGAUCCUGAAAUUGAUGUAGACAGCAGUGGGGAGAUAGUCUAUGCAAUUUGAUCAGCAGGCAAUGCGUCUAUGAUUUGAAAACUAGCUUCUGUGGCAAAGCUCACUCACUACAUUCAUUCUGGGCAACAUUUGAAGGUUUGGGGAAAGUGGGGCAUGUGAGACUACUGAUCAAUGGGUAGCUGCUAAAUUUACAAGAAGGAAAGUGGGUCCCCUCAUGCUAUGCCUAUCGGAAUCUAAAAUGUUCAUAUUACGUAUAGCUUUGACCAGUCUGUAUGUUUGCAAGGAAUUAGUGGGUUGUAGGGAGGGGUGGGAUUCUGGAUCUGGAAAUUUGAAGGUUCAUGUGAGAACCAAUCUCUCCCCCAUAUUGUUGGCCUGUUUAUUUGUUGUGUGCUGUAGUUAUAUGCUUCACUUUCACUUUCUUUUGCCAUUUCCUAGUGGGAAUGUAUAUGUACUUUAUUACAAUCACCAAACAUUUGCUCCAAA